AUGAAAAGAUAUUUUAUAAUAAUUUUAUUUAUUAUUUAUUUAAUUGUGGUUGUUAAAUCAACAUUUUUAAAGAAUAGAUUUAAUUCACCAUAUCCAUAUUAUAGUAAUAUUAAAAAUAGAAUAAACAAAGUCAAAUUAAAUCUUAGUGAUCCAGUGCCAACACCUUAUACAUUGUUAUGGUUUAAUCAAACAUUAGAUCAUUUUAAUUUUGAAACAAGUGGUUAUUUUAAUCAAAGAGUAUUAAUUAUUGAUCAAUAUUUUAAUGAAAAAUCAAAAAAUGAGAUUGAUCAAAUUUGUACCAAACCAUUAAUUUUCUUUUGUGGUAAUGAAGGAGAUGUUACAUUUUUUUAUGAAAAUUCAUUAUUCAUUACAAAUACAUUAGCACAAGAAAUGAAUGCAUUGGUUAUAUUUGCAGAACAUAGAUAUUAUGGUGAAAGUUUGCCAUUUGGUAAUCAAUCAUAUACAAACGAAAACUUUCAAUAUUUAUCAUCAGAACAAGCAUUGGCAGAUUAUUCAAAAAUAAUACCAUCGAUUUUAAAACAAUACAAUGCAUUAAAUUGUCCAGUUUUUACAACAUCAGGAUCAUAUGGUGGUGAUUUAGCAGCAUGGAUGAGAUUAAAAUAUCCAUUUAUUGUUGAUGGUGCGUUGGCAUCAUCUGCCCCAUUACUUUCAUACAUGGGUACAGGUGUACCAUAUGAUGUAUUCCCAGUUGGGGUUACCAAUGAUUUUAAGGAAACAAGCCAAGAUGGUUCAUGUGCUAUUAAAAUUAGAAAUGCAUUCAAUGAUCUCGAAACAAUUGCUAAAGCUGAUAAUGGUUUUAAUGAAAUUUCUACAUCAUUUAAACUAUGUACACCAAUUAAUUCAAAUGAUGAUUUUCAAUCAUUUUUAGGUUGGGUAGAGAGUGGUUUUAGUUAUAUGUCAAUGGCAGAUUACCCAUAUCCAGCAUCAUUUUUAGAACCAAUGAUGGGAAAUCCAGUGAAUGAAACAUGUAAUUUAAUUAACCAAUUGGAUAAUAGUAUUGAUAUAAUUAUGUCUGGUUUACAAAUUUAUUAUAAUUAUACAGGUCAAAUGAUGCAAUGUUUUAAUACAAAUAUUUUCAUUGAAGAUCAAGGUAUGUUAAUACCAUGGAGUUAUCAAAGUUGUACUGAAUUUGUAUUCCCAUUUACAACUACUGGUAUUAAAGAUAUGUUUUAUUAUAGUCCAUUUAAUUUAACAGAGUAUAUUGAAAAUUGUCAAGAAGAAUAUAAUGUCACACCAGACCCAAAUUGGGUUACAAGUGUUUAUGGAGGUACACCCAAUUUUCCAAGUUCAAAUAUUAUAUUUUCAAAUGGUGUUUUGGAUGGAUGGCAUGGUGCAGGUAUCAAUGUUACUGAUUAUUCUAAAAAUAUAAUUGCAAUAUUAAUUCCAGGUGCUGCUCAUCAUUUAGAUUUAAGAGGUUCAAAUCCAUUGGACCCACAAUCAAUUACUGAUGCCAGAUUAUUAGAAUUAAAAUAUUUAACAGAAUGGUCUGAAGAAAUUGGUAAAAUUAAAUCAUUAAAAUAA